AUUUGCCUUGUGAGUUGCACAGCUGGAGGCAGACAGCAGAAUACUCACCAGAAAUGAAGCAAUUCGCUUGUGUUCUCCACCUCUACCAUACUAAGGCCUACGACUACCUACGGAAGAUUCUUCCCCUACCUCAUCCUUACAGCCUGACAAAUUGGCUGUCUAAUAAUGAGGCUGCUGCAGGAUUCAGUGACGAUAUUUUUCUCCGCCUUCAGGAAAAGAUGGAGAGAGGGGACCAAGCCUACCGCUACUGUGCCCUGAUGGUUCAAGAUGUGGCCCUGCAGAAGCAGCAGGAGUGGGACCCGCAGACCCAGCGCCUGACAGGCUUUGUUGACUUGGGAGCAGGUGUCCUUGAUGCUGAUGAAGCUCCACUGGCCUCAGAAGCGAUAAUCCUCAUGGCUGUUGGCACCUCAAGUCCCUGGACAGCUCCACUUGGCUACUUCUUUGUGAACAGCCUGACUGGCUCCUUAAUUGCUCAGCUCCUUCGUCAGACCAUCAAUAAGCUGAACCACAUAGGCAUCACGGUGCUGGCUGUGACAUCGGGUGCCACCGCUCACGGUGCUGAGACCGCCAAAGCUCUGGGGAUCAGGAUAGAUCCUGAAAGGAUUCAGUGCACUUUCCAGCAUCCUCCUGGCUCUGCUCACAGCAUCACAUACUUCUUCGAUAUUUGCCAGGCACUCCAGCUGAUAAAGAACACUCUGCAGUGCUUCCAGAAGAUAGAGUGGCUCGGUGACACCGUGCGGUGGCAGCAUGUGGUGGAGCUGGCAGCUUUGCAGGAGCAGAGGGUAUUAGAGCCAUGCAGUCUCUCAGGCAGACCUAGGAGAGAGGAGAGUUACCACCUGAAGGUCAACCUUGCUACCCCCUUGUUCAGUGAGGGCGUUGCUGAUGCACUGGAACACCUCCAGAAGCUGGGCCUGGCCUCAUUCCAGAACUGCAGUGGUACUGUCAAGUUUGUGCGUUUGCUGAGCCAUCUGUGUGACAUAUUUUGUGGCAGAGGUCCCUACAGAAGGGGAUGGAAGGAGCCUUUGCUAGCUGGAAAUUACAGCAAAAUAAGCCACCUCUUUAAUGAGGCUCAGAGCUUCUUCGUCACCUUAACAGACUCUACGGGGAGAUACGUUAUUAAGAGCAAACGCAAACUAGGAUUUCUUAGUUUCUUGCUCAAUGUUGAAAGCCUUAAGUGGCUUUAUACCAACUACGUGUGUCCAGAAGGCACAGCUUCCCACCACAUCCUGCCCUACAUCUUCAGCCUGGACCCACUGGAGCUGUUCCUCAGGGCUCUCCAGCAAGCCUGCAGCAGCAGCCCCACCUGCAGUAUGUUCCAGGCUGCUUAUCACAAACUGCUGGCCAGCUGCAGCCUGGCCCCAGGCUCACCACACAGCGCUGGCUCAGGCAAUACGAGCUCCUCAGACAUAUUCCUGUCUGGUAGGAGAGAUCUGACCCUGGGCAGUGUUCGUGCUCAGUAUAACCCAGCUUGCGGGAGGACACUGGUGACAGAGUACCCCUAUUGUGCAGGCCUUCUUUUGCGUGGAUCCACACCGAGUAACGCGCUGACAGACCUGUCACUGUACGCACAGGGCGUCACCUGCACCGCGGGCCGCGUUGCUGAGCAGUUGGCCUCUGCCUUGCAGUGUGAGGCUUGUCUCGCUUCCCUCUUUGAGUCAGAUGAGAGCAGGCCAAGAUGUGGGUCAGUGCUGUACAUCAAAAAGUUAGGUGGAGUCAGUCUGCCCUCAGCAAGCGUGUACCACAUAGCAGGAGUUACAGAACAAGUCCUAAACCGGUGCGGUAAAGUAGGAGACGGCAACAAAAACACCAAGCUAUGGCAUUUGUCUCUAGAACAGAAAGUCUUCCAGGAACUUGUGGGAGAAAGUCCCCUCUUCCCCACCCUCACGAACCAUUUAUUUGAUGGGGAGUUGUGCGUCAACAAUCACUACACAAUCUUAGUAAAGGAAAUAACACGAUGUUACUUAAACAUCAGAACAAGCCAUGGCAAACACUUGAACUUGGAAUACCAUCGUGGAAGGCACAGAUGGAAGAGACUGAAGGGAAAACAUUUGUUUCCAUCACCAAGUCAGUCAAGCCAAACCCAUGCAGGGUCAUGA